CAAACGUCAAUAUUAUGGCGUCGGUCUGCUCCUGUUGUUGAUAGUUUCUAGCCUACAGUUAAAAUUUUAAGUGGAUUUAUUUAUUCAGAAGUGCCGUUCUUUAAUAUUAUUACGAACACUCUUGUUUGACAUGUUUUCAUAGUGCUUGUAAGACAGUGUUAAACUUGAAUUAAUGGCAGACGGUGACGAUUUCGGCUCCAAAAGACACAAGAAACACAAAAAGGAGAAAGAGGAGAAGCCCGGUCUUCGGUUAAUCCUCAAGGUCGGAAGUUCUUCUACCCCUGAGCACAGUAACGAUUCCCACGGUCCCGGGGCAGGAGGGGACGAAGAGUCGAUGCAGUCUGUAGGCUCAUACCCUCCUGGGCAAUAUGACGACAGACAGCACAAGAAGAAUAAGAAGAAGAAAAAGAAGAAGGAAAAGGACAAGGAUAAAGAGAGGGAUAAGCAUGACAAAAAGAGAAAGCACCAUCAUAAGGAGAAGAGAAAAAGAUUAAGAGACGAGUCCAGCCAGGAUGAUAUCAGUAUGGGGGAAGAAUCUCUUCAGGAAACACCUCGGUCAAAGAGAGCGGCCGUAGACAAAACUCCCGACGUGGGAGAUUCACCAAUGAUUGGUAGCCCUGGGAGUAGAGAGCCGCGGCUCUGUGUGCAGUUGCUGCGGCAACGUCAGGAGAUGAUGUCUGCCAAGAGCCCGCUGCAGAAGCUGCUGGACAAUCUGCAGCAAAGCUUGGAGAAGAAGGAUCCGCAGCAGUUCUUCGCCUGGCCGGUGACGGAUCAGAUUGCCCCUGGAUACUCGCAAAUUAUACACCAGCCAAUGGACUUCAGCACGAUGCAUCAGAAGAUUGAGGAUAACAAUUAUGCCACUUUGAAAGACUACGUGGAUGAUUUUAAACAGAUGUGUGGCAACGCUAUGAUCUAUAAUCACCCAGAGACUAUCUACUAUAAGGCUGCCAAGAGGUUGCUGCAUGCUGGACUCAAAUUUGUCUGCGAGGAGAAGAUCAGGUCUAUGGCAGUCACAAUGCCGUGGAUGCUACAGAUCCCGAAGGAAGCACUUGGGUUUGACCUUGGUCCUGCUGGAGGUCACAGCCCCCCCACUGAGAGGGAGGCGGGGGAGGAGGAGAACGUACCUCCACCAGCUCACCCCCCACGACGGGGGCCCAACUUUGUGCCUGAGAGCAAGUUUGAGGCUAUACCUGACGAUCUUACGCCUGACGAAGUUCUUGAACAGACUCGUAAAGCUGCACAAAAAGUGAGGCAACGUCUUGAUCUGAAGAAAGUCAACACCAAGAUGGGAUUCCUGCGCACGCAGAGAGACGGCACCACGUCGCUGGCCAUCCUGGUGCCGACAGAGGGUCUGGACCCGGAGAGCAACGAGAGACCCGUCUGUCUGGGUCAGCUACUGGGCAAGAUACAACAUGGCAGCGGCACUCUGCAAGGCUUCCGAGAGGACCGCAGGAACAUGAGCAAAUCUGUGAAGCCUCUGUAUUACGGAGCUUUUGGGUCGUACGCUCCGUCCUACGACUCGACAUUCGCUAACCUCUCCAAGGAGGAGUCCGACCUUGUGUUUCAAACGUACGGAGAUGAUACGGCCGUGCAGUACGCUGAGAGUAUCCUAAACUUUGCCAAAGACUGCGACUACACUCUGACGAUGGUAGACAACCUGCUAGAUCUACUGACUGGGGGAGAUCACCGGAAGACUAAAAAGGUGUUGGAGGAGCGUAAGAAGUUCAGAGAAGAAGAAGAGAGGGUACGUCAGCUGAUGACCCCCGCCACAGCCACCCCCGCAGCAGGGGAUGUCAAGGUGGACGUGUCACAACUCCGAACACUGGCAGACCUGGGUAUAGACACCUCAUUCUUGGACCAGUUAGAAAAGGCUGGCAAGGAGGAUAACGCAAUGCAGGAGAGGUUGGACCAGACGUCGGCUCUGUUGGAGAAGUUACAACAAGCACAGAAUGAUCGGCUCAGCGCUCCUCCCCCUACGCAUCUGGGCAACAUCAUGCAGCCUACGGAGACUGAGCUCAACCUAGCCGAGAAGAUCACCGAGAGUCUAACAGCAUUAGCCAAGCAAGUUCCCCCCGGAGCUGUGGUGUCUAUCCCUGCUAUCCGGAAGGCUAUGGGGAUUGCCCCAGACACAGCCAGUGUAGGUACGGCCACAGAUCCCCCGCCUGUGACAAGGGGCUCAGCUGCCCCCCGUUGUCACAGUCCUUCACCCCCGCCACCAUCACUGCCAGCCACAGUGGAGAAAUCAGCCUCGGAAGAGAGCAGUGGAGCAGAAGAAGAAGGCGUAGGAGUUGAUCUUGAGUCAGAACUCCGGGAGUUUCUAGAGAGUGACACAGCUUUGUCCAACUUCCCUCUGCACGACGACAAAACUAUUGAGGAAAUGUUGUCAGAGUCUUAGACGAUUCCAGUUUUGGAUGAGUACCUAUGUGGUUAUAGUUAUACCCAAACAAUUAUUAUUUUUUUAUUAAGAAUGACAACAUAAAACUGACAAUGACAAGAAAGGCAUUUUAUAGUCAGAUUCUGUAAAACUUUGUCAUAAUUUUAGUCCAAUCACUGUAAAAUAUAAUACCACAGGUAAAAACUAAGCUUAGCUUUAAAUACGGUUAGUAGAAAUUUCGGUUGAUUUUGAUUGUUAACGAUAAUAGGCCUAAUCAUCACCUGGGUUUGACCUAAAUAUAAUAAAUGUGAGAUACAAACAAAUAUAAUCCUUAUAUACAGGGUAGUAAUAAAGUCCGAAGACAGUUGUAAAUAUUUUAAAAAAUAAUGUAGAUAGAGCUACAAUACUUGGUACAAAGUUACAGCAGAGCAUAAAACUUUUCAUUUUAACACAUAUUCAGUGAUCCAAUAACUCUUCAGGGGGACGGCCCACAAGGAGUCGGAAGAAAAUCUUAAAUGGAAGCAUAGGUCAAUAUGCACAUCAAAUGGAAGGCCUUUUUUAGUAGAAUACGUUGCCGCAAACCGCACUUCAAAAGGUUGAUCCUGCGCAAAAUGGCAGCCUUUCAAAGAUUUCUUGAAUCUGCCAUUUUGAAUCUUUGAACGACUGCCAUUUUUUACUCAGGCGUUCUUUUGAGCUUGAAUUUAUGGCAUUGUAAUCUACUUGUGAAGACCUUUAAUUUGAUGUGCAUAUCGACCUACGCUUAUGUUAACAAUUUUCUUCCGAUUCCUAGUGCUGUGCCCCUGAGGAGUAAGCGUAUAAUAAAACUGCAAAUUAAAUGAAUCUUCGAAUAACUGUCAUUCUUGGCUCGGUUGUCCGUUUGAGUUCAAAUUUGCAGCAUUAUAUUCUGCUAGUAAAGACCAUUAAUUUGAUGUACCUGCCAACGUAUGCUUCUAUUUAAGAUUACCUUCCGACUCCUUGCGGGACGUCCCCAUGAUAUGACAGAAAAUUGAUAUUUCCUAAAAAAAGUAGAUUUUUAGGUGUGGUGUUGAUGUACCAAAUCUUGAUUUAUCUGUUGUCGUUUGGAAAAUAUUUAACUGUCUUCAAACUUUAUUACCACCCUGUAUAAUACGUGAUGGCGAUUUCUACAAAACACUACUCCUCUGUUAAUAAUGGACGGAUUUAAAAAAACUAUGUGUCAAAAUUAAGUAUUUUUUGAAUAGACCUUUCACCAAUUCAUAUAAUAAAAGUCCUCGGGCAUUGCCCCACAGGCCAUUGAAAUCCCAAUGUUCUUAUGAAGAAAAGAUUUUGUUUACUUAAACAGACAAAUAAUUUGUAUUUAUUGCAUACUACAACAGCUGUUCAUAGUAAACACAUGAUACAAGAGCGUCCAUUUUCAGAAUGAGUUUGUUUUCAGUUUCGAUAACUGUAGUGGAGUGAUUGAUUAUACAUUUUCUUUGAGUUGACUCUUUUAAGUCAUCGGAAAUUAUGAUUGUUAUUCGUUUUGAAACGACGCAUGUAAUACUUUACAAUUGCUCGAAUUUGAGCAACUGGUGCAUCAGUAAUAUAAUAAUACUAGCCACCAUGCCUGUGUGUAUCUAUAAUUUAUAUGACUUAUUUCUUUUAUGCAAGAGAUGUUUUGUUACAAUCUCACUUUUGUGUAUAACUUGUAAAACUCUUUGAUUGAAAAUGUCUUUAAAUUUUAAUUUAUAUAAAAUCAUAUUAUGAGAACAUUAAUUUAUCAAUACAAAUCUGUCGUUCAUCAGUACUUAAGAUUAUUUUGUACUAUCAUGACUACAACACAGAUUUUUCCCAUUAAUUUGGGAUCCUUGACAAAUCAAGUCUGAUUUAUAAAUUACAGACAUAUAUUAAUUCUAAAUAUAUGUGAAUCGAAUUUCAUUGGAAACUAAAAGAAGAAAAAUAUUUCAAGAACUUUAAAGUGUCCAGUAAUAGUGUAUGACAACAUAUAUAUAGGAAUCAUUAUAUUUAUGUUUUUCCUAGAUAAUAGGAAAUAUUGUGCAAUGUUCAAGUUGGACGAAACAAGAACAAUAUGGAUUUGUAUUAAUUUGCCUCUGCCAUAUUAAAGUCAGACUUUAAGUUGGUGUGUCUUAAAUGAGCCAUAGAAGUCAUUGAUUCCUUUUCUUAUGUUGUCAAACAAUUUGAGACGGUUUUUGUAAACAAUAUGCUAAACUAAAAAUAUUAAUGGCUGAUAUGUUCUUUAAUAAAAAUUAAAACUUAACACAGCAAUAUGCACCUUUCGUGUUGGAAGAAUUAGUGACUGGAACUGAAUCCUCAUCCCUCAAAUGUCCGACCUUCAUAUAUUCAAUUUGCUACAGCCCAACAGCAGUUGAACAAGAUGCAUUAUUUGUUUGUGUUUAAGGAUUUUUUUUAACACCAUAGACUAACUAAAACAAGUAGACUUCUCAUCCCAUUGUAAAAUCGGCUUGUUUUUUAUGUCUAGUUCAUGUUGGCGCCACCAAGCGCUAGUGUCGACAACAUUUUGUUUAUUUUAUUUUGGGGUUAAUAUUAUGAUUUGUGCUCUAUUUUUUGUCGUAAAAUAUUAAUACAAGCUAUUGUUUAUAAUUCAAUUGGUCUAUUUAUAUUAAUUUGAAACUGUUUUUCUUUGUCAUAGCUAAAUUGAGAGAACGGCUGGGCGUAGAAACUCGGUAGAGGUGUCUAAAGAAAGGUCUUGGUCUGUAGAUGAGCCAUCAAAAGAGAAACGUGGUAAAUUCCCUUGGGGCUCUGCCCCAGUGGCCUUUGAAUUCCCAUCCCAUGUUAUUCUUAUGGGGGAAAAACUGGGUUUUUGUCCCAGCUAAUUUGAGAGAACGGCUGGGCGUAGAAACUUGGUAGGGGUCUCUAAAUAAAGGUCUUGGUCUAUAGAUGAGCCAUCAAAAGAGGAACGAGGGAAAUUCCCUUGGGGCUCUGCCCCAGAAGCCUUUAAAGUUGCCUCUUUAAAUUUGUUUACCAUAUGCAUAAUUCUACACUAAUUUUUAAUGAAACAGCUGUUAAUAUUUAAAUUGUGAUUUAUUGAAUUUUUCAAAAUGAAGUACAGUAUUUGCAAUGGGUUUUUCUGAUUUUUAAUCGAUUUUAUUCUGCAUCGUUUCAUGUUUUGCAAAUUAAUGUUCUAUUACCAAAUCAGUGGAAAAUCCUAAUAUCACAGUAACUCUUAAAAUUAUUUCUUAUGGAGUUAACUUAUAUCUAUUGUAUGGCUUGGUUUCUGCCUUUUUUUACCACUUCUUGGAGAUUGUACGAAGGUGAUAUUCUUUGGCGUAUUGCAUCUGUAGAUGAAACUUGGGUUGGUGAAAUUAUUACAAUGGAAAAAAACGAGAAAUCCUGGACAAUAAGCUUCGUGAGUCGCCUGUAAUGCUUCGCAAUUGCUUGAAUUCGAGCAACAGGUAAACUAGUACCAGUGAAAUUAGUUUUUUUCGUGAAAACCUACCAGGCGCUACACUUGAUUUUUUUAAAUCUCAUAUUCAUCGUGUUUCGAAUACUUUUAAUCACUCACUUGUAACAAACAGCUAGAGAUAGCUUCACUGUCCAUUCACCGCACCUAUUUUAAGAACAUAAAAGUAAAUAAUAAAAUAAGUAAACAAAAAUGUAAACAAACUAUAUUGUCAAUUGCAAUGGCCAGCUGUUGUUCACUAAAUUAAUCGGAUAACGUUUAACUUCCAAAACAUGCAAGGCGUAGCCCUUUGGAAAUCAGCCUGUGGGGCAGAGCCCUUAGGGAGUUCGUCCAUAUCAAUACUUUUCGGCAAAUCUACACACUCUAAGCUUCAUUUUAAUAUGCCAUAUGCCUAUAUUUUUAUUUGUUAAAUAGCCUUAACCGUUUACAUAAAAUUUGAUUGUAUCACUUUAAUAAUAUAAUAGAUAAUAAUAAUAAUAUAUAAUGUUUCUCUUAAUUGAGUUAAAUAUAAUUUAACUGUGUGUUUUUGUUUUUAUAGCAACAAAGAU